GUGUGAGUAGAGAAGAAGAAGUUUGGAGUGUGUCUCGCAGGUGCGGUUGAUAAUAAGUGGAACUGUAAUCCGUGGCGAUCCGUGCUUUAAGUAGUUUUAUUGGGAUUUGAACCCGUUUGUGAAUUCGCCACCCAUUUGGACGGACCAAGACAAAGGGUUCGUUCGUUGGGUCUGAGUAGUACUAAAUGGUUGCCUGCAGACAGCAUGUCUACUCUGUCGGGGAUUGUGUCGAAGGGGGAGAAAGGCAAAUCAAAGUUUCAAUCAUUAGAUAUCAAUAGUUUGUAUCGCGUGAGCAGGGGUGAAUCUUUAGAACAACAGCAACAAAAAAGUACAUUACCGCGCAAACAUGGAAUGCAAAGUUUGGGAAAGGUGCCUUCGGCACGGCGACCACCUGCUAAUUUGCCUAGUUUAAAAAGUGAACACAGCAGCAGCGAUCCGGCUGUAAGUCUUGUACCAAGCGGUGGCAGCGGUUGGGCUACAACUAAAGAAGUUUCAUCAUCAACAAACACAACUACCACAACAGCAAACACUCUCGACAGCAAUAAUACAAAUUCGUCCCAAUCACAAUGUGUAACUGGCACCAGUCCUUCAUCAACAGUGACACAGCAUCCGCCAUUGCCAGGACAACAGAAUUCUUCAUCACCUCAUCCAUCAGACGUAGGAAACAAAUCAUCAUGGAGUGCAAUUAUGAGCAGACCCGGAGAUGUUGGUCCACCCGUCAUGACAACAGUGAUCGGUUAUGCGAGUCUCGUGGGGGGCGGGAGAGGGUCAAGAAGUUCCCUCGGACUGAGUUUCCUCGCCCACCAGUCCCCACAGUUCCAACACGAGUUCCCCAGUCUAAGUGGUGGACAGCCCCCUGCUUCAGUCUCCAUUCAGAGUCAGAUCCAACAGUCCUCGAUGACAUCCAAUGCGAUUUCGGUCGCUGCUCUUCAUCAUUCAUUGUUACAGCAACAGCCACUUUCCCACAACCACUCAGGAGGUGGAAUAGCAGGUCAGCAACAGCAACAAUCUCAACAGAAUCGAGAAUUAAAUGCACAAUAUGGUCCUGGGCCAAGUCUACGACCCCAAACCGAAGGAAGUUGGAUACAAGGUGGAAGUCGUGCAGCAGGAGGAGUUGGAACCGUGGCAACUGGACCCGGAAAUGGGAAUACUCAGGUGGCCCAGGGCCCCCUUAUAAACAUCGUAUGUCCACCAGGACAUACAGAGGGACCCAAUGGAGGUCGUCCGAACUUGGCCCAAUCGCCAGGCAUGGCUAUGGGCCAGGCAGGCCCGCCAAACAAUCAAAGUUCAAUUCCCUCUGGUCCUCAUCAAGUCGGUCCAAAUGUUCAUCAUUAUCGAGGAAUUAUUCCCCCUUUUAUGUAUAGAGGAAGCUUUCCUCAAGGAGGUUUCCCCUCGCAAUUCACGGGAAAUAUUGGACCGGGAGGUCCACGACCUAGAUUUAACUAUCCGCCGGAGCGUUUUACAAAUGCGCAACGUCAACAAUUGCAACAACAGCAACAACAACAACAGGAACGAGAUCGCCAAAAUCCGCCGGACGAUGAACAAUUGGUGACUCGACCUAUUAUUAAAGAGGAAGAUCUUACAAAAAUGGACGAUAUAUCACGUGACGCUGGUUGGGCAGCUCAUGAUGUUAUUGAUUAUAAUCAGAAAUUAGCAUUCAGCGACGAUGAACUCGACGCUGAGCCAAUUAAAGAUGAUAAAAAGGAGAUAAAAGAAGAAAAGAAUGAUGAAAUUUUAAUUGAUGAACGCGAUAAUAAUAAGCUGAGAGAUAAUCGUGAUUUAAAGGAAAAUCGCGAACAACCUCCAUUACGUACAUGGAAUCAAAAUACAUCACCUCGUGAUUUUCGUGGUUCAUCCAAUCAAUCAACAACUAGUGGUUAUUCAUCUCAGCAACAACAUCGUUCAAAUCAUUCCUUGAGAGGUGUUGAAGAAGAGGAAAUUUGGAAUCAACGUCGCCGCGAGCAAGGCGAAAGAGUUGCGUCAGCUGUUGAAAGAGCACGUCAAAGAAAAGAAGAAGAGGAGAAACGUUAUCAGGAGCAAACAAAGCAGGCGGCAGCGAAAAAAUUGCAAAAUUUAGAACAAAAAUUAAAGGAGAAACAAGCUAAACAAAAAGAUGAUGAAUCAUCGGAAACAAAAGUUGUAAUAACAACAGUGCCUCCAGUGUCAAUUCCAGUGCCCGAAUGGGAACGAGAUAAAGAAAAUCGUGAUCGUGAAAGUCAAGAACGUUCACGUACAUCAUCAGAGGGUAAAGAAGAGAAAAGAGAUUCUCGCGGGGGUGGUGGUGUUGUUGUUGUUGUUGGUAGUGGUGGUGGUGGUGGUGUUGAGCAGGUGUCAAGUGAAUUUCGCGAGAGAGCAUCAUUUAUAAGACAACAAGUUGAUAAUAAUCGCGAACAACGUGAACGUGAACGUGAUCGCGAUCGUGAUCAACGUGAAAUGCGUGAACGUGAUCCGCCAGCUUUUUCGCGUCAUUUUCAACAUAAUUUACCGCCACGUUUUCAAAAACAACAAGCAGAAAGAAGUGGUGUUAGUGGCACCGCGUACAAUCGAGUUUCACCUAAUGCCGAACGCAAUAUCACCUCACAAUCUGUUAUCACCUACUCACAGCAAAUUGAGCCCAACAGAUGGGUUCCGAAUCAUAAUAAUUCAUUGACAGAUCCGAUGAAAAUGUCACAGCCUCAGCGUCGAAGUAAAGAUUCUGAUGUUACAAGUCCAAUGGAUGAGGAACGUCCACCAUCGCGUGAUCAUCGUGGACCACAUUUAUCAAGAGAUGAACGUUAUCGUCAUUCAUCUCAUCGUUCUUAUGACAAUCGUAAACCUGGUUAUUAUGACGAUUAUACACGUGGCUAUAAAGAUUAUGAAUAUGAUGAUAGACAUUCACGCGAUUCUUGGGAACGCGACAGACACUAUGACGAUAAAGAUAACAGAGAAUCGAGAGAUAUGAGAGAUCGUGAACCAAGAGAAAGAGAUAAUAGACAUGGAGAUCGUGAUAUAAGAGACAAGAAAGAUUACGAUCCUCAUAUGAAGGUAUCGAGUGCAGAUUCUUUCGAUGAACGUGAUAAUCAACGUGAAAGAACUGAGAGUAAUGAAUGGCGUGGCGAUGAUCGACGUGAUAUUCAUGAUGAUCGUAAUUUACAAGAGAGAUCAUCGUCAUUUGAUAAUCGUCGAAAUAUACCGCGCGAUGAUCGCUCUGAACGUAGUGAACGACCACAGAGACCAGAUUCACGUGACAGUAGAACAUCACGUGAAUCAAGAACAUCGUUGCGCGAUGAAGAUUUUCAUAAAUCACGUGAUAGCGGCUCAUGGAUAAAUGAUCUCUCCGAUUAUGAGGAAUCAAAGAAAUCCGAUAUUAUAUUCCGUGAUGAUAUACGUGAACGUGAUAGAAGACAACCGCCAGGACCAGUGACGAGGGAAAAACUCGAAGCUGAUGAAUUAAAAUCAGAAAAACGUUGUUUAACACAAUUGAAACGUGGUUCUAUUGAGCAAGAGAAGAAAAUUGAUACACUAAAAGAAUUAACAGUCGAUGGUAAAAAAGAAACUGAAGUUUGGAAUAAUAGAAAAUUGGAAAGAACUUCAGAAACAUCAAAAGUAUGGGCCGAUGCUGUUUCACCGACAUUUGAAAAGGAAGAAGAAAAAAUUGAAUUAAAGGAGGAUAAAAUUGUUGGCGACUUAAAACAAAGUAUGGAGAAAUUAAGUGUUGAUAAAAGAGAAGAUGUUAUUGAAGAAAGUAAAGAUGAUAAUAAAGAUGAUAAACGUGAGAAAUCAUCGAGAAAUCGUGCAAAUAGUGGAAGUUCAAGGGGAAGAGAAACAAGAGGAAGACAAUGGGGUGGUUUUAAUGUAUAUAAUCAACGUUGGCGUGGUUCAGAAACAAGAGGUAGACGAGGAGGUUCAAGAAUAUCUGGUAGGCCCGGCUCGGCAAGAAGUGGAUCCUAUGGACAUACAGAUUCAGAAAUAAGUGGCGAUGAAAUUUCAAGUUCAGCGGAAUUACCAAAGGAUGAAAGAAGAGCAAAAUCGCCAAAAUCAUUUCAAAAAGGUGAAAAAGAAGAUCGCAAUCGUGAAAUGUCAAGACGUGACGAUAAACGAAAUGAUUAUUCACAAAUUCGACAGGAUAAUAAAAGACCUGGUUAUGAUGGUAGACAAGGUUUUGCACCAUCUGGUGAACCAUCGCGAAGAGGAAGAGGUGGUUAUCGAUUGCGAGGAACAACAACUGGAGGAAGAAUGGAGGGCUAUGGUCCACCUUCAAGUAAAAGUCCAUUUUCAUCAGAAAGAAGUAUGGAUGAAAAAAAUGUUGGUCAACAAAAUCCAAUUACAACAACAACAACAACAACAGAAAAUGAUGCAAAUAAUGGUGGUAAUUUAGAAUCAACGGAUGAUAAAACAAUUGCUAAACAACAGGCAUUAACUGCCGGUAUUACCGGAAGACAUACAAAAUCUCCAAAUCAACAAAUUAAACAGGAAAAUCAUACAAAUGCAACAUCGAGAAAUCAAAGCAGAAAAGACGAGAGACCUAAACGAAAUCACAGUGGAAAUAGAAAGACUAGAGACAUGAAUAGAGAAACAAGAUUCCGAGGUGUCGUUGGUCAAACGGGUGGUAAUAAUAUUUCAAAACAAAAUUCAUCUGACAUUGGCAAUGAAGAUUGGGAGACAACAUCAGAAAAUAGCGAUGAACAUAUUGAUGAUAGAAAAGAUUCACGUAAUAAUCGAAAACCAUUUAGUAGAGGAGGUGCGAAUCUUGGUUCACAAUCGCGUCGUAACGAUCAAUUGGGAAAUAAUCGUGAUCAACGUGAUAAAAAUUCCAAGUCUUCCAGUGGUGCAUCGUCACGUGCGCCAGGUGCUGAAAAACGUAACGUUCAAAAUACAGCGUUUAAUAAUCAAAGAAAUAAUUCAUCAAAUAUACCUCCAUUGAUGCAAAAUGUUCAAACACAAAAUGGUAGACCAAGAAGUCAAGGUUCAGCAAAUGUUCAAUUAAAAUCAUUAAAUAAAGAAAGUACAGUGAAUCGUGUCGAUGAAAUAAAAUUAAAUGAUCCAAAUCUUGUGAAUCAGGCAUUAAAUGAUAUAAAUAAAAAAUCAAUAUCAAAGGACAAAAAGCCAAAUGAUGGUGAAUCAGAUACAAAUAAUUAUUCAACUGGUGGUGAUGAUGGUGUAAAUAGUACUGAGGAUAAAAUUGAUUCCGAUGGAUUUCAAGAGGUACGUUCAAAGAAAAAUGUUAAAGACUCGAGACAUAAUUUAAAAGAUGAUAAUAAAACAAUAACAACAUCAUCGUCAUCGUCGUCAAUAACAACAUCAACAAGACGUGAUAAAGAAAAAGAACGUGAACGUGAAAGAUCAAAAUCAAAAUCAAAUGGUCCACAGCCAACGCCACAGCAAGUGCAAAAAAUUCCAACACUAUUGGGACAGCCAAUUUUACCGCCAGCAAAUAUGCCGCAAAAAUCAUUUGAUCGUAAUGCAAGUCGUCAAAAAUUGGCACCACGCUUUCAAAAACAAAGAUUAGCGAAACAACAACAACAGCUUGGUAGCGAUAAUGAGGGCAAAUCGAAUAAUUAUAUAAAAGAUUCAUCAAGCGGUGGUCCAGCGCCACCGCCAUCGGUUAAUGCAUGGGAUAAACCAUUUACAAGUCAAUUGAGAGCAAAUUCACCAUCUGGUGUUACAACUGAUAUUCAAUUAAUAUCGGGAUUAUCAACGCAAACUGAUCAUGUACAUGAGGCAAAUGAACAAACAACAUCAGGUGGCAGUAGUCAAAGAAAUUCGCCAAAUUGUGAUAAGAAAAUAAAUAAAGAUAUUGAUAAAAAUGUCACCGACACAAGUUCACCGCCAGUUCAAACGCUUAUUUUUGAAAAUACCAAUUAUUCAAAAACAACGAAAACAAAUUCAUCCGAUUUGGCUAUGAAAUCAAAAUACUCAAAUCAUAUGAAAACGCAAUCGAGAAUUGAUAAAAGAGAUAUUGAUGAUGAUGGCAAUCAAAUUCAACAACAACAACAACAACAAGCUCUAUCGGCUGCAUUUUCAACAAAACCUGGUGAUAUUAUUAAAGAAAAAAAUCAAGAACCAAUACAAAUGCCUUUGUCAUUUAAUAAAAGUGAAGAUAAUGCGGACAUGAAGCUGGACUUUACGUUUGAUUCAGAUCUUUCACAAUUGACAGAGGAUAAAAGUAAAAGUUUAGGUAUAACAAGAUCAAUACAUAUAACUGGCGGUCAAAGUAGUUCAACUGCUGAAUUAAAUUUAAAAAUUGCAUCAGUUAAAAAAGUUUGGGAAAAUGCACCGCCAAUGCCAACAGUUGUUGAACAUGAAGAUGGAAAUGUUGUUAAUAAUGCAAAUAGUUUUCCACAAGCAUUUGUGGAAAAUAAUGACGAUGACAAUUAUAGUCAUCAACAAUAUAAUCAGAAUAAUAUGAAGAAUGAAAUUGCAACUUCAACAAAUGUUUGCAAGCUGGUUCCCCCGCAGGUAAAGCCGCAACAACAAACUUCUGGUGGUAGCGCUGCGCAAUCUGGUUCUUCUGUUCAAGGACCGAGUCCCAUUGGACCAGGACAAAGUCCCAUUGGACAUCCUCCAGUUAGUCUUCAGGGACCACUUAGUCCUCCACCUUUCAAUUCCACUGGACAACCGUCUCAUAUUAAUUAUCAGGAAUUUCCCCAAUAUCCUGGUUCACAAGCGGCUCAAUACGGUAGCAUGUCUGCAAUUCCAUCGCCACCGGCAAUGCUCUAUAAUACCGGAUCUGGUCAACUUCCAGCACAAGCUGGCGGCCUUUACGGUGCAUUCCAAUUAGAUCAAAGUCGAUCGCCAUUUACUCAAUACCCUCCAUAUGCGCCGUCCUUACAAAGUUCAUUUAAUCAACAAAAUGUCUAUUUACAACAAGCACCGCCACAUGCACCAAAUGCACCAGCUCCCGAUAUGUAUCAAAGUAAUUUAUCACAAUAUCGAAUAACAACAGCCGCUGCGCCUCCAUUUGGACAAAAUCAACAAUUAAGCAAUAAUCCAAAUACAGUGCUAAUAUCGUCAUCAUCAAAUUCAUUAAUGUCGGCUAGCGUAAAGCCAUCGUCACAAUCAAUUGGCGCUAUUGGAACAAAAGCACAACAUUUUCAAGCUCAAUCAGCGCCACAACCAAAUCAAUUGGCUUACAUUCCAUAUGAUCCAAAUCAAGUAUUGGGUGUGAGUGGUAGUUAUAUGGGUAAUUCACAGCUUGUACAAAGGCCAGGACCAAAUGUUCAACCAUCGGCAAAUAGUUAUUAUAGUGCAACAUCGGCUGAUGUAUUCCCAGGAUCACAAACUGGAUUUUAUCAACCUGGAGGCGGUGCACAACAAACGGGAACACAUUAUGGCCUACAGGGUUUUGGACAACAUAGUCAAAGUUUAGCAACGGGUAAUGCUGCACCUGUUGGUUUACAAAAUUUUAGCUCACAAUUUUUAUCGAGCUCGGGAUUACAAUUGGCAGCGCAAGGCUAUCGUAAUCCAACUGGUGGAUUACCAGGACCCGCUAAUGCGGCGGCAACAUUUUUAAGUAAACAUCAACAACAAGAACAACCGAGACAAUUGAAAAGCCCAUCGGGUAAUCAACAGGAUGUAUUGACCUCUGUUUUUGGUUCAACCCCACAAAUACCAUCGCCAAAAUCGAGAAAACAGCAAACAUCCUCUCAACAACCACAACCGAGUCCUACGCAACAUCAUAAAUAUCAACAAUAUCAGGGCGUCAGUCAGUCUGCUCUGGUAAGCAGCUACACUAACUAUGUUCUACAACAAAAUGUUCGUGGAAUGGGAAUGCCACCACCGCCUCGUGCAGGACUACAAUCUUCUCAACAAAGAUAUCCACCUCCAAUUCAAAGGCCUGUGGUUCCAUUUCCACCAGGACCAAAUAAUCCUUCACAGCAACAACAAAAUUGUAUGACAAAUCCACAACAACAGCAGCAAUCUCAAAUAAAUCGUCAUCGAACGAAUAUUCAUCAACAACAACGCAAUAUGAAAAUGCAACAACAAUAUUAUUCUGGCUCAGGCAACGUAAAAAUGGAUUCCAGUGAUAAAGUUGAUUCUCAUAAUGAUAAAAUUGCCGAGAACAAUACAGGAAAUCAAUCUGGAAACAAUAAAUCUAAUAUAAAUCAACAAGACAGCGAUAAUAAGGAGGAAGUAAAUCAACAAAAUGAAUAAUCAGCAAACUUUUUUUUAAAAAAAAAAAAAGGGAGAGAUAUUUAUAGAGGAAAGAUUUGCUAUUACUCUCUCUUUCACUCUCUUUUUCUCCCUUUCUUUCUCUCUUUUUCUCAACAAAUGAAUGGCUUUCUUGUUCACUACAUGAUAAAAUGCGAAAAAAAAAAAAAAAAAAAAAAGAAAACGUUUCUGCUUAUCUUCGUUGCAAGACGUGCUUCGGUUUACAUAUAUCUUCUACAAAACCUCUAUUUUUCUCCCCCCUCCCCAAAAAAAAGAAAAACAAAAGCCAACAAGUGGCAUAUGAACUAAUGUUUCUUUUAAUUUUUGUUUUUCUCGGAAACAAAAUUCGGGGCUUUUUUAAAAUACCCGAAUUCUUCUCCUAGUGUGAAAAAAAAAACCUUUAGGUUUUCUAAAAAGUUUUUUCUUGACCGUACAAAGUGAAAGUUUACUCUUCUCACAUAUUGUCGUCGUUUGUGUGCAAUUGUACACAGAGAGAAGUAAACAUAAAUGUAAAUUUUUUUUUUAAUUUUUUUUUUUGGCAAAAGGCAAUGUGAACUCUUGUUAAUCUAGAUAUAAUAUGGUGAAAAAAAAAGUGGAAGAAUAAGUAGGUGUUUUAUAAGACGCCAACGAUCUUUUUACGCACCGUCAUUAUAUUAUAAAAAAAAAUAAGUGAAAAAAAAAAACGGAAAGACUGUCAUCCGUGCCUCCGAGUGCGGUGGAAGAGAUAAAAAAAUUUUUUUUCUUUUAUUUUAUUUAAUCACUAAAUCCUUGAAGAAAGCUACGCCACCAAAGGAUUUGGAAAUUGAUUUCCCAUUGAAAAAAAAAGAAAAACAAACAAAGUAAAGUCAUUUUUAGUAUCAUUUUUUCGACUUUGCUAUUCAUGCUCAUUGUAUCAAUAGCUCGUAUCGCAGAGCGAAAGGAGACUAAACUUAGCAAUAAAUAAUAAAACGAAAAAACUUACAAAGGAAUAAUUAUCUACUGCCAUUGGAGGAAAAUUCCCCUCGAGAGGAUGAUGAAAAAAAAAAAAAAACAUUUGUCUUCUCAAAAAAAAAACUCGGACGUGUCUUUUUGUAAACUUUGUAUUUCAAAAUGAGAGAUCAGAGGAUGUAAAGGAAAAAGAAGAAGAAGAAGAAAAAAAAUGGAAACGAAAGAAAAGUAAUCCCGUUGACGGGCUGCUGCACAAAAGGCAUAUUGAGACGUUUUCUAAAACAUAUAUGUUUUUUGAAAAAUGAUCCUUCUUUUUUUUUUUUUUUUUAUAGAAAUUAGUGAAAGAUAUUUCCGAUAUUUGCUAUUAUAAUUUUUUUUUUCUUUUAUUAUAUGUUUGCACGUGUACACUGAAAAAAGGUUUAAAAAAAAAAAAAAAUUUGAAUGAAAGUAAAAAAAAAAAAGAAAAAAAAAUGUAGAGGAGUAUGUAAGAUUCUUUAAACGUAUAUAAUUAUUAAAGGUAUAAAAGAAUGAAAAGAGAAAAAAUGUUCGAUCGUGUUCUACUGCUUUGAUGCGGUAUUUUUAAAUUGUGUCUAAGGCACAAGGGCAUUGGUACGGGGGUCUGUCGAUAGUUCAAUCAGAAAUGCGAAAGAAAUGAGAAAAAUCUCAUUUUUUUACUUUUGCAAAUUUUCGACCAAAAAAAAUUUAAAAGAAAAAUAAAGUUGUAUAACUCUACGAUCGAUUGACAAUGCGUGAUAUAAGACCUGUAAAUAUUGUUUUAUUUGAAAGACUGAAUUUUGUGUGGCCGUCGUUGUAACAAUUCCAAGGUACUUUUUUUUUUUAUUUAUAUAUAUAUUAUUAUAAUUUUUUUUUUUUUUUUUUUUAAUUUUACUAUAUAUUAUUUCGUUGAGUCAAGCGUGGCGGUUCCGAGUUGAACAAAUAGAAAAAAAAAAAGGAGCGAUAGGACAGACCCACGAAUCUAACCCAAAGUGCCUGUAUUUUUAUCUGUAUUGUAGUUAGUAACGUGACAACAGUAACUUAUACACUUACCUGCUACAUUAUUAAUAAAUAAAGGGAAACAUAACGUUA